AUGUUACUAGAAAAAGCAGUAAGAUGUGAUACAAUAUUAGUUAAACGAAGAAGACGAGUAUAAAAGAUUGCAAAAACUGACUUUAGGAAUCAAAGACAUGACUCUUAGAAUUUCUACUCUACAAAGCUUUAAUGACAUUUUAUCAUUAAAAUUAUGUACUAACUGAUAGUUCUAUUAAAGUGAUAUGCGCUUAUCCAUUUCAAUAACGAAGUGUGGAGCUACUAGUUUCAAUAUUAUUUGACCGAUUCAAGGAUCAAUAAUUUGUGAACACAUUUUAUUAGGCCGCAUAAGAAGUUGCACAAUUGCAAGAACAAAGAAUGGUACUAAGUUAGAGAUCCUUAUCUAAAAUUUCAUAUGUGUAAGUAUUUUACAAUAUUCAAGUUACAAUUCAAUGACAGAAUUGAGAAAAAACUCUCAAAAUGCAUUGUUUUCAAAGUCAGUUACUCGAAAACUCUUAGAAGCCAAAAAGUUUUGCGUCUAAUAUUUGAAAUAGAUUUUUUAAUUGGCAAACGAUUUGAAAAUGGAUAUAGAAAAAUUAGCGAGAAUUUUUUAAAUAUUUAUAAAAAGUACUAAAGACCAAGAAUUUCGACUAACAAUAAUAUCAAUCUUUGAGGAAUGCAAACAUGAGAUCUUUGGAAACAGAGAAUGGGUAACCACUUAUUACGAAGAAAUCGAUUAAUGUAUAACCAUUUUAUAUAUCUAAUAGACUUCUUAUAAAAUCACAUUCGUAUACCAAAACAUAGCAUCAAUGAUAAUGUUUCAGAAAAACUAGCCAGAGUUAGCUUCAAAAUUAUUGAUGACCAAGCUAGUUUUGAUAGUGAUGAAAGUGUAGAAGAGAAAAUAGAAUUGUAGAUUUAAAAAUGGUUAUGUGAUACAGACACCUAUGACAUUCAAGAAAUAAAUGAUAUUUUGAAUGAACCCGAAUAUUUUAGUGAUCUUAUUAAAUAUGUUACUCAACCUCAAAAGUGUGACUUAAUAAAAAAUUGGGUAUGUGCAUAUCACAAUAUACUGUAGGAUAAACAUUAAAUGCAAAACACAGAAAUUAGAGAUAACACCUAUCAUAAAUAUAGCUAAAAAAGCCUAAGCUUUUAAUAGACUAUUAGAUCUUAUAAGGCUCUUUAAGUUUUAAUAAAGGAGGAGAAUGUUGCCUUUUUUAAUUAACACAUUCCUCAAAAUGUUAUUUAAAUAUGUAAUUUGGAAUAUUAUUAUUUAGUUAAUGGAAUUUAUGAUUUUCUUAAUGAUUACAGUAUUAAUGCUAAUCUCUAUCAUAUAGCUUAAUUGAUUGAUAUUACUUUGUUGAGAGAACCUAAAUUGGGGGUAGUUUAAAUUAUUGAUUUGAAUCUCUUUUUUUCUUUAACCUAAUAUAUUUAUAAUCCAAUGAUAUCCUUGAUUUUAGAGAGUAAAAUUUUAACUAAAUAUUUAGAUAUAAUUAAUGUUAAUAUUGAUAAAUAUUAAUUGGGAUCCUUUUUUUAAGAAUAACUAUGGAAAUAUUUGUCUAAAACUAAUUGGUUCAAAUUUAUUGGUUAAUUGAUUUCAAAAGAGCGAUCUUAAUCAGGAAUUGAUUAAGGAUCUAAAGGGGAAGUGACCUUAACAAUUUUACCAACUCUUAAGGCACUAUCACAAUAUGACUCAAAGGAGCAUUAAAAUUUAAGUGUGCAUUCUGAAGAAAAAGUUAAGUUAACUAAUCUUUUGGGAUCUCUACAAGCUGGCAAGACUCCAGAAAUGUUUUAUACAACCAAUCAAUAAAAUUGGUAAUUAAAUUUAGAUGUUCAUGAGAAUAUCAACAUAAAAUAAAUACAAGCAUAAGACAUAGACAAUUUAAAAUAAUUUAAUUAAGAAAGGAAUAACAACCCAUUUGUUAAAUAAUAUUAUUAGGAUUUACGAAAUUAAAGAUCAAGAAAAUCAUUAAUUAGUUUGAAUGAUUCGAAUAUGAAUUCUUUUGUAGGUAAUAGCUUUUUGGAGGAUAGGAAUGUUGUAUUUAAAUAAUCAAUAGAUUCAAAUACUUCAAUCAACAAUUAUGAUCAAAAAAAUAAUAUAUUGAUUAGUAUAAAAAGAAGUUAAGCCAAAAUCCAGGAGAAAUUUGCAUAAUCAAAUUCGUUUUAGUCAACUCCAUCUCAAUAAGUCGAAUCUCCUGGAUUGUAGAUAUUAACACAAAUUCAAAGAUUCGAUGUAAAUGAGGAUUCAAAACCAAAGGCUUAAAGAAAUCAAAAGAAAUCUCCAUUUUUAAGCACUCAAAAUAAGUUAAGACUUAAAACUGAAGGAAACAGCACUUUUGAAGGGUUUUCUAGUUCUAAACUCAGAACCAUUUAUCCAAGUUAUAAAACCUAAAUAAAAAAUACAGAAUAUUAAAAAUAAUUGGAAAAUCUAGAUUUCGAUUUUCAUUACUUUCUGGAUGGUUUAAGAUUACUACAACAAUCCACAAAAAUAAUGAUAGAAUUCUUAAAAUUAAAGAAAGACAAAGUUAAACAGACAUUAAACAGAUUAGAUAUCACUUCUAUUUGCAAAUCUUUUUUAAACGAAGAAUUAUUUAAUAAAUAUUUCUAAUUUUAUUUGUUAAAUAUAUUAGAUAUCAAAAGAAAUGAAUAUAACAUAUCUGAUGAAUGUGGAGUCUUCAUUAAUUUCAUUUUCGAAAAUAUCAUCGAAAUAAAAUAACUAUUAGAGUGUUCAUACAAUAUAUGCAAUAGUUUUAUGAAAUCAAUCGAAUAUCUUUGUAAAAUAGUAUUUGAUAUUCAUAAAAACCCUAAUGGUUUAGAUAGUUCAACCCUUAAAUUUAAGAAAACUCUAUUAAUAACUACACUAAAUUAUGGAUUUUAAUUGAUUCAUCAAACUAAUUAAGAGUUGACAGAGAGAUACAUAUUAAAAUAUCUAAAUGAAAGUGUUCUUCAUAUUCUAAUAAUUUGGUUCUUUGAUAGCCAUGCCAAUAAUGCAUUUUAAAGAAAUUUCUACAUGUAAGUAUAUUAUUCAUAUUCAGUUUUCUAAAUCAUAUCCUUGACUAGGCUCCCUCCUCAUUGAUUUCAACUAUAUUUUUUAAAAUAGGACUGAUUUCAUCCUUGUAGAAUGCCUAUUCAAAGUUUUUUGUCAAUGGAAUUAAAAAUAACGAAAAUUUCGAAGAUUUAUGUUACUACAUCAAAAUUAUUACAUCACUGAUUCUGAGCGUAAAGAAAUAAUUGAUUUAUGUAGGUAAUAAAAAGAAGGAACUUGAUAAGCAUAGAAAGGAAUCUUGAAUCUAUGGAAUCAUGGAAUAUUUUAACCAAUGGGAAGUCCUCUUUGCAACCAUUGCUAUUAUCGAAGAAUAAGUCAUACUUCCUUUUUUCAGAAAACUAAAUGUCAUUAGAAAAAUGUUCAAAUGGAUCAAAUAUCUACAAAUAAAUAGACAAUAAGUUGAAGGAAAAGAGAGUCAGUGAUGUUGUUGGAAUAAGGUAUUAGAAUUAAAUAAUUAAUAGAAAAUCAAUAAAUUUGACAAAGCUCUUACCAUUAAGUCCUGGCAUGCCUAAUAAAAUAAAUUAAUAAAGUGUAAAAACCUGA